AUGGUGUUGCGAGAGCAAGAGCAUGAGCCAUUUUACAUCAAAAUCGAUGGAAAAUGGUGUCAAAUCGACGAUGCGGUUCUGAGAGCACAUCCAGGUGGAAGCGCGAUCACUACCUACAAGAAUAUGGAUGCAACUACCGUAUUUCAUACAUUCCACAUCGGAUCGAAAGAAGCAUACAAAUGGCUGACAGAAUUGAAAAGAGAUUGUCCUACACAGGAGCCAAAUAUUCCAGAUUUAAAGGAAGACCUUAUAAAAGGAAUCGAUGACGUCAACAUGGGUUCGUUCAAUAUAUCCGAUCAACGAUCAGCUCAAAUCAACAAAAAUUUCGAUAGUCUACGAAUGCGAGUCCGCGCGGAAGGACUUAUGAAUGGUUCACCAUUGUUUUAUACUCGAAAAAUCCUUGAAACCAUAUUCACCAUUCUUCUCGCAUUUUAUUUUCAAUACAACACCUAUUAUUUUACUGCUGCUGUUCUCAUGGGAAUCGCAUGGCAACAGUUGGGAUGGUUGAUCCAUGAAUUCGCACAUCAUCAGUUGUUCAAAAACCGUUUUUACAAUGAUCUGGCCAGCUACUUUGUUGGAAACUUUUUGCAGGGAUUCUCAUCCGGUGGUUGGAAAGAACAGCACAACGUUCAUCAUGCUGCCACAAACGUCGUUGGCCGCGACGGAGAUCUCGACCUGGUUCCAUUCUAUGCCACAGUUGCCGAGCAUCUAAACAACUACUCACAAGAUUCAUGGAUCAUGAUUCUUUUCCGCUGGCAACACGUUCACUGGGCCUUCAUGCUGCCGUUCCUUCGUCUCUCGUGGCUCCUCCAAUCCAUUAUUUUUGUCAGCCAGAUGCCAACACACUAUUACGACUACUACAGAAAAACCGCCAUCUACGAACAAGUCGGACUUUCUCUUCACUGGGCCUGGUCAUUGGGACAACUCUAUUUCCUUCCUGAUUGGUCCACCAGAAUCAUGUUCUUCUUUGUUUCUCAUCUGGUAGGAGGAUUUCUGUUGGCUCAUGUCGUCACUUUUAACCAUUACUCAGUGGAGAAGUUUGCACUUUCCUCCAAUAUUAUGUCCAACUAUGCGUGUCUUCAAAUAAUGACUACCAGAAAUAUGCGUCCUGGGCGAUUCAUCGACUGGCUCUGGGGUGGACUCAACUAUCAGAUUGAACAUCAUUUGUUCCCAACAAUGCCACGUCACAAUCUGAAUGCUGUGAUGCCCCUCGUCAAGGAGUUCGCCGCUGACAACGGCCUGCCAUAUAUGGUCGACGACUAUUUCACUGGAUUCUGGCUCGAGAUCGAACAGUUCCGUAAUAUUGCUAAUGUGGCAGCGAAGCUGACCAAAAAGAUUGCUUAA